GCAAUUUCGCGCUAAUUUUGGAAAUCUAAAGCUUUUAAAAAGAUUUUGAGUAAAUAUUAUAAAAAUAAUAAAACAAAAUAAUUCUACUUAAUUAUAAUGUCCACAUCUAAGGUCCCAUCAGUUGUUCAUUGGUUUCGUUUAGAUUUACGUCUCCAUGAUAACCUUGCAUUUAGAAAUGCAAUCAACGAAGCUGAAAAUCGCAAACAUAUUCUCAGACCGAUAUACUUUUUGAAUACUGAAAAAAUAAAUUCCCAAAUGAACAGAUUACGUUUCCUCUUACAAAGUUUACAAGAUUUAGACCACAACUUACGGAAAUUAAACACGCGCUUAUAUGUUUUUAAAGGUAAAGCAAUUGAUUGUCUUCCAAACUUGCUUAAACAAUGGCAAGUUAAAUUUUUAACUUCACAAGUAGACAUCGAUCCAGAAAUAGUAGAACAAGAUGAAGCUAUCGAAAAAAUUGCUGAAGAAUUGGAUAUAUUUAUUGUUAAACGCGUUCAACAUACGGUAUAUGAUUUUAAUGCUGUUUUAAAAAAGAAUAAUGGAAGUGUACCAAUGACAUAUCAAAAGUAUCUUUCAUUAGUACAGGAUAUACAAGUUAAAGAAAUAAUUCAAAACAAUAAACAAAUAUCAGAUUGUUGUAAACCAUCAGAUUUUAACAGUAAUGAUUUUGAUGUCCCAUCACUGGAUGAAAUUGGUAUUGAUGCAUCUAAUUUAUCUGAAUGCAAGUACCCAGGUGGUGAAACUGAAGCAUUAAAAAGACUUGAUAUGUACAUGUUGAGGAAAGACUGGGUUUGUAAAUUUGAAAAACCUAACUCUUCACCAAAUAGUAUAGAACCUAGCACAACAGUUUUGAGUCCUUAUAUUAGUCAUGGUUGUCUUUCAGCAAAACUAUUUUAUCAUAGAUUAAAACAAGUAGAAAAUGGUAGACCUCACACAAUGCCACCGGUCUCACUUCUUGGACAAUUGAUGUGGCGAGAAUUCUAUUACACCGCAGGUGCGGGGACUGAGAAUUUUGACAAAAUGGUGGGAAAUAAAAUUUGUACUCAAAUUCCUUGGGGACAGAACCCUGAACACUUAAAAGCAUGGGCAGAUGGUAUGACAGGAUAUCCAUUUGUUGAUGCUAUUAUGCGUCAAUUAAAACAAGAAGGUUGGAUACACCAUUUAGCUAGACAUAUGGUUGCUUGUUUUUUAACAAGAGGUGAUUUAUGGAUUUCAUGGGAGGAAGGGGCUAAAGUGUUUGAAAAUUAUCUUUUAGAUUAUGAUUGGUCAUUAAAUGCUGGCAACUGGAUGUGGCUAUCUGCAUCAGCUUUUUUCUACAAAUAUUUCAGAGUAUACAGUCCUAUUGCAUUUGGGAAGAAGACUGAUAAAGAUGGCAAUUAUAUAAGAAAAUAUGUCCCAGAAUUAAAGAAAUAUCCAUCAGAAUACAUUUAUGAACCAUGGAAGGCACCAAAAUCUGUUCAAACGACUGCUGGUUGUAUUAUAGGCGUGGGAUAUCCUAAAAGAAUAGUUGAGCAUGAUAAAAUUCACAAAGACAAUAUUCAAAAAAUGUCACAAGCAUACAAGGUUAAUAAAGAAAGAAAAGCUAUGAAGAGGCCAAGAUCUUGAUAUAA